AUCAAGUCUAAGGCCUGUUGGAACUGUAAUGGCGGACGACGAAGAUGCGUUUGACAGUUGGGAGGAACAAGAAGAUAGCGGUGUGUUAGAUAAAAGAAUUGGAGAGUUACAGAUUGAUUCUACAAGCACAUCCAAAAGUACUUUAAGUAACAAUGUAGUUAUGAAAGAGUUAUCUGGAAGAACAGAAUAUGCACCUCAAGUAAGAAUAUUAAAAAGAGAUCAAAAUGAUGGAGAUAGUAAGAAUAUUACCAAUAACACAGAUAGUCAAAAUAUAAAACCAAGUAAAACAUUAGAAGAAAGAGAGGCAGAGUAUGCUGAAGCUAGACAAAGAAUAUUUGGUGAUGAAGUAGAAACUACCUGUCCAGAAGAGGAUGGGGACAGUAUUAAAAGGCCAAUUCGACUUAUCUGUAAAUCUGAUAGCCCUGUUGGUAACACUGUAUUAAGACAACCACGUGGUCCUGAUGGAACUAAUGGCUUUCAACUUGAAAGAUAGCAGGAAUAUUUCUGUCAUAUUUUAAUUGUAUACUUAAUUAUUGGUUGUAUCUUUAGUCAACAGAGUCAAAACCCCCAAACAUCUAGAAAUAUUUUUGGUAAGUCAAACUUUGUCCACUGGUCAAAUUAACUUUCACAGCUUGAAAUAUGUGGCAUUAAAUCAUGUUUGAUUGUAAUAACCAUGUUUUACUGGAUCAUGUUUUUUGCUUUGAUGUUUUGUGAUAUGGAAAAAUAAUUGCAGUAUUUCCAGCAGAUUUGCUCAAAAUAUAAUUAAUGGAAACUAAUUUUUGGCUCAUUGGGUUAUCUGGUUCCACCAAGCUA